GCAUUUUCAAUUAGCUGCUGAGUGACUGCCUGGCAUGUAUUAGUGAAGAGGCACACAAUUAGCUUAUUGCUCCUUUCUGUAUUGUGCUGAGAGGAUCCGAGGGAUUGGUGGGGGAACAGACAAGCCAGGCAUAAUUGUGGAUGUUGAAGCUCCUCGGACCUCGGCAUCUUCACUUGCUCGCUCUGGAAUUACAGCUAUUUAUUACGAAGAGCUCUGUGUGGCUGGGUGGAGUGCGCCUGAGGACACACAUCCCAGACAACACCUGGGGUUAGUCUUUCUGAGCCCUUCACAUCUCUGACCAUUCUCAUCAUUGUCAUGGAGCCCAACAGUCCGAAAAAGAUACAAUUUGCUGUACCUUUAUUCCAGAGUCAAAUUGCUCCUGAAGCAGCAGAGCAGAUCAGGAAAAGACGACCUACACCAGCAUCACUUGUGAUUCUCAAUGAACAUAACCCCCCAGAAAUAGAUGACAAGAGGGUGACCAACACACAAGCAGAAUCCCAGAAUGCCUCCCCCAAGCAAAGGAAGCAGAGCGUGUACACGCCACCUGCCAUGAAAGGGGUUAAGCAUCUGAAAGGCCAGAGUGAAUCAGCAUUCCCUGAAGAAGAAGAAGGUGGGAAUGAAAGAGAGGAGCAAUGGGACCAUUAAUCACAGGUCUGCCCCAAGACAGUUUCUUGGGAAUAACCGAACUAUUCACUCCUCUGAACCUCGCAUGGGACGCCACUGCUUGACUUCAGAAGCGUUGUCUAUCUGUGCCCUCCACACUCAUACAGUAGUAACACACCUCCUGGGAAGCCCUCUUUGGUUGAACUUUAGAGCUAAGUACAGAUGGUUCUGUAUUACUUACACUUAAGGAACAAUAAGCAUUUAUUUUAUGGUGAUUUUUUUCUUUUUAAUGACCUAGACAUUUGCAAACACGUGAGUGUUCUAACUUUAAUACUGCCGAGCUUAAUCCUUACAUCCUACAGAUAGGAUUUGCCUUCUAAGGUCAAAUGUAAAUAGCAUCACUUUAAGAGUAAAAAAAUAAAUAUUAAAUACAUUUA